AUGGAUGCCGUUCAGGUCAAAGUCCGCUACUACGUCGCUCAGCUCGAAAAGGAGUUGAACAAGGUUCCCCAGUUGGUCCAGUUCGAGGCUGCCACUGGUGUCCCCAAGACCUACUUGGCCCUCGGUGCCGGAUCCUUCUUCUUCUUGAUGAUCUUCUUCAACUUUGCCGGCCAGCUCUUCUCCAACCUCCUCGGCUUCGUCUACCCUGCCUACCGUUCCUUCAAGGCCCUCGAGAGCCCCGAGAAGGAGGAUGACAAGCAGUGGUUGACCUACUGGACCGUGUACGGAUUCGUUUCUAUCGUCGAGUCCUUCACCGAUGUCCUCUUGUACUGGUUCCCCUUCUACUUCUUCCUCAAGACCGUCUUCCUCCUCUGGCUCAUGAUCCCCUCCUUCAACGGCGCUGCCACCAUCUACAACCGCGUCCUCCGUCCCUUCUUGGUCCAGCACAAGGCCGAGAUCGAUUCGUCCUACCACAACUUGAAGGCCAAGGUCUCGGCUGUCGCCUCCGAGCUUGACGGCAGCACCACCGCCUCCCAGUAA